AUGAGCUCUACGCAAACACCCUUAGAGACCGAAACGCUCUUACCUCAAGAUCCCCCAUCGCCAUUAUCAUACGAUGAUCCUGAUAAUACUGAUUAUGUAGAAAGGGACAGACCGGUGUGUAUUGGUCAGUUCAAGAAGAAUGUCAAGAUCUGUAAAGCAUUGCUUGCACCUGGGAUCUUCGGAUCCCUAGCUAUGGAAGUUACCCAUCUUUGUAUGGCUGUUCAAGAGCAUCGCAAGAUGACAGGUGAAGAUGAUUUCAUACGGCAGACUAAGAGUUCUGCGAUGGGGUUGGAUAUAUUUGGCGUUGCGAUCACAAGCUUUUUGGCUGUCUUAUAUACCCUCACUGUGUUCAAGCCAAUCACGAUCCGUACCAUCCUCCUUUCCCCCAUCGCAGAAAUGUCCAACCUCUUUCUUCAUCGAACACUCUGCGUCACCAGCUUCAUCCUGUUACUCCUACUUAUCAUCAUUCAUCCAUUACCUGGAAUAUGGUAUACCAUCCAAACCCAUGAAUCUUCACCUACCCUAUCUAUCCACAACUCCACUCUAGUCUAUUACCUCAGAACGGGAUUUCUGUGGGCUUCUUUCUUAGCGGGAGGCUCGAUGAGGAGAGGUCCGAAAUUGUAUUUUGAACCUCCAAGGUUGGGUACGGGAUUCGGACUCAACGAAGUGAAAGUAAAAUCAACCCAAAAAGUAAAAGGGGGUAAAGGUGAUAGUGGGGUUAGGAUAAAAUUGAACCCUCCUCCUGAGGAUGAGAUUGGUGUGAAUGGACAUGUGCCUUUGUCUGGAAUUACCAUUGGAAGCUCUGAAGAUGAGACUGUCGGAUCACUAGAGGAAAGAGAAGGGGAAGAACAAAGUAAUGUACUGGAUUAUGACAAUUCAUCGAUGUUGAGUUUCAUCUUUCUUGGUUAUAUUGGCAAUUUAGCCUAUACGUCAAUGAAAGUCGAAAGUCUCGUCCAAGACGAUUUACCACUCCUAGAAGAAAAGACUAGAAAUAGCGGUAUAACAGAGAACGUCUUUUCUACAGAUGAUAAGACUAAAGCUCAUCUCAAUACGCACAAAGUGACUGGAUGGGAUUUGGUCAAAUCGAUGUGGAGAGGUAAAGGGACAGCUGUAUUUAUCACUGCUGCUUUGGAAAUCUUCAGAAAUCUCAUUAGUUUCGUGCAGAUUGCUGCGAUGCAUGAGAUUAUCCAAUCGUUCAAGGAACCCAAAGGAUCAGAUAAGAGUUAUGCCCAUUUGCUGUGCUGGGGUUUGUUAGUUGGUCAAGCAUUUGAGGUCUUGUUAUCUGCAUAUCUAUGCGUACGAGAAAACUACCUGCUUCAUAUACCGAUCAGAAUGAAUCUUAGCUCUUUGUUGUUAUCGAAAAUCCUGCGAACAACGGAUGCGAAAGCUCUCGAAGCGCAUAAUGUCACCCCUGGUGAUAAGGUAGAUGGUAAUCAGGGUAGAAGUCAAGUCAUGAAUCUGUUCACCAUCGAUACCGGUAUAGUCGCCUCGAUGGCUACUCAUGUUUGGAAUUUCGGUAAUGGUAUAAUCACUCUGUUCAUUGGUGUAGGCAUGCUGUAUAGUAUGCUGGGAGUAAGCGCGCUGGUCGGUAUUGCUUGUAUACCUUUGAGUAUGCCACUGUCUUAUCUGGUUUCGAAACUUAUCUAUCGGUGCGAUAAGGAAUGGGCAAGGGCAAGGGAUGCUAGAACUGGUGCUCUGAAGGAAUUUCUGUUAGGUAUCAAAGUCAUCAAGCUCAAUGCGUUUGAGCCGUACUUCAUGAGCAAGAUUCGUCGGUUACGUGAGGAUGAAGUCAGCUGGCAACGAUGGCGAUAUACCUUAGGAACCAGCUUUAACAUUCUAGCAGAACAGCUUCCAAUCAUAGCUCUUCUAGUUAUGUUUGGGUUCCAUACUAAAGUUUUGCACAGGUCGCUUGAUCCUGCAACUGCAUUUGUAGCUCUGAACAUCUUCUAUCGUGUCAAGGACGGUCUCGGUACAUUCCCGAUGAUCAUCCAGGUAUUCCUUCAGAAUAAAGUAUCCAUUGAUCGUCUGAGUAGAUACUUGAGCCAACCGGAAAUUGAUAGAUCCCAAUGGGAGAAUGCCUCUACUCGAAUUUUUUGUGAUCACGCUACUAUCGGAUGGCCUUCUGCAAAAGAAACUGUGCCCGGUGAUGAGACGCCAAGAUUCAAGCUACAGGAUGUCGAUGUUGAGAUUCCCGAAGGGAAAUUGACCCUUCUAUGUGGACCUCUAGGAUCUGGGAAAACGUUAUUGCUUCGAGCAUUCCUCGGUGAAGCGAAUAUCGAAUCAGGAGCGGUCCUUGCUCCUCGGUCUUUACCUGACUCUACACCUGUCUAUCCUCGAAAUCGUCGUUGGACUACUGAAGAAUGGCUGACCGAUUCUAUCGCCUACGCACCUCAGCAGAGCUUCAUUAGACAUGGGUCUAUACGUGAUAAUGUGCUCUUUGGUCAGCCCAUGUGGAGAGAGAGAUACCGCGAAGCACUGAGACAGGCCGCUCUGACGCCUGAUUUGGAAUUAUUUAACGAGGGUGAUCUGACUGAAGUUGGCGAAAAUGGUGUGACUUUGAGUGGCGGGCAGAAAGCCAGAGUCAACUUGGCGAGGUGUCUUUAUUCUCCCGCUAAAACGGUCUAUCUGGACGACAUUCUGUCAGCUGUCGACGCUCAUACGGCCCAGUACAUCUGCAACGAAUGUCUUAACGGUUCUUUGCUCCAAAACCGUACGGUUGUUCUGGUCAGUCAUCACGUAUCUCUGGUACUACCGACCGCCAAUUACAUCGUCACUUUAAGUAAAGACGGACAAGUAGAACAAGCAUGUCCAGCAAGCGAAGUAUCGUACUCCAACUUGGUCGAUAUCGCUCCAGCCGAACCAUCAAUUGAUGAACCGUCAGAAUCAUCAGGAGUAUCCAAAGUUGCCACUCGUCGACGCCAAUCGCAUCACUUCGAAGAACGAGACGAAUCCAGUGGUGUCUCCCGUCAUCUCUACAGAGAAGAACACAAGUCAGUAGGCAGAGUAGCGUCGAACCAUUACCUGAUGGUAUUCCGAUCUGCCGGAGGAUUCUGGUAUUGGUCUGCAUUAGCUUUGGUAUAUGGGAUCUACAGGCUUGUCGCCGUUUCUCGGACAUUCUGGUUGGAAAAAUGGACUUCCGAUCCUGAACAAUCACAUAUCAAUUAUUAUCUCGUAGUCUACGGUGCGAUCUCCGCUGGAUGUAUCGCCUUGGGAUCAUUCAAAUGGGUUUGGUUAUACGGGAUUCGAAACGUUGGGUUCUACAGUGCUGGAAGUAAGAAGAUUCAUGAAUCCCUGCUUUCAAAGGUCUUCCAAGCGCCAUUGCAGUUCUUCGAAACCACCCCUCAUGGAAGGUUGUUGAAUAUUUUUGGGCAGGAUGUAUAUCGGUUGGAUUCUCAGUCGGCUGAUGGAUUUGGACGCCUCGGACUAGCCACAGCAGCCGGUGUAGUAUUCGUCAAGACACCUGUCAUCUCUCUUGUCGCGCUCAUAUGGGGUGUACCUUUUGUCUGGAUCAGUAAUCAACUGAACAAACUUCGAGCGGAUAUCCGACGAUUGACCGCGACUGCUUCGUCCCCUCUCUAUUCACUUUACAAUGAGACCAUCGAUGGAGUUGUGAUGGUAAGAGCAUUCGGCCAAAACAAGCUUAUGAUGCACGCGAUGAAAGUGAUCAAUAAUCGAGAACGGGUAACAUGGUUCGCGGCUUGGGCAGUGUAUAACUGGGUCCGUGCUGUUAUUAGGUCAUUCGCCAGUGUAGUAGUCGCUGCUACGGCUUUUGCCUUGAUCCGACAAGACUUGUCAGCUUCGCAAGCGGGAUUGAUAUUGAAUUUUGCAUUGACCGUAUCCACAGGUAUUUUCAGCUGGGUGGAGCAAUAUAGUAACCUCGAAGAAACGUUUGUUAGCGCCGAACGGAUAAAUCACUAUAUCACCAUGCCGGACGCAGAAUCGAGAGAAGGCAUGAUACCAGAAAGAUCGUGGCCUAAUCGAGGUGAGAUCAAAGUUCAGAAGCUUCAAGUGAGAUACGCACCAGACCUUCCGGAAGUUCUGAAAGGUGUCUCUUUCAGCAUCAAACCAGGCAUGCGAGUUGGCUUAGUCGGCGCGACCGGAUCUGGGAAAUCGACUUUGGCUCUCAGUUUGUUCAGAGCGAUAGAACCUCAUGGUGGUACCAUCACGAUAGAUGAUAUCGAUAUCAGUCAAGUGGCUUUGCCAGAACUGAGAAAACGACUCAAUAUGGUAGCCCAAGAUGGGAUGCUGUGUAGUGGUACCCUGAGGGACGCCUUGGAUGUUACGGGCACUAGAGAUGACUAUGAGAUUUACGAGGCUCUUCGUCGAGUACAUCUCUUAUCGGAUAGCUUGACCAAAGAUGAAUUGGACAAUAACCCAUUCGCGAAUCUCGAGACUUUUGUUGCGAUCGAGGGGGGAAAUCUCAGUCAAGGGCAAAGACAACUACUGUGUCUUGCUAGGGCAUUGUUGAAGAGGUCCAAGAUCCUUGUCAUGGAUGAAGCCACUUCAUCCGUUGAUUUUGAGAUGGAUGCAAAGAUCACCGCUACAAUCAAAGAAUGCUUUGCGGAUACUACGAUGCUUGUAAUCGCUCAUCGUCUAGCCACCAUCAUGCAAUAUGAUCGGGUUCUAGUGUUGGAUCAAGGUCAAAUCGUCGAGUCUGGUGAACCCCUCAAAUUGAUGGAAGAUCCUACUACGAUUUUCCACGGGUUAUGCAUGGCUCAAGGUGAAGAAGAAUUCAACAGUCUUCUCACCAUUGCUCGUGCUUGA